AUGGCAGACCGCAAGGCAGCCACUGCAGGGCCAGACCAUUUUCCACCUGGAGGGGCCACUUCAGCCAUCUCUGAGGUUAACAAUGAGAACGUGGUCAAAGUCGGCCACAGGCAGGUGGUGAACAUGAUCCGCCAGGGAGGAAAUCACCUCGUCCUUAAGGUGGUCACGGUGACCAGGAAUCUGGACCCGGACGAUACCGCCAGGAAGAAAGCUCCCCCACCUCCAAAGCGAGCACCAACUACAGCCCUCACCCUGCGUUCCAAGUCGAUGACCUCGGAGCUGGAGGAGCUCGUGGAUAAAGCCUCAGUCCGGAAGAAGAAGGAUAAACCCGAGGAGAUAGUCCCAGCCUCCAAGCCUUCCCGAACCGCUGAGAACAUGGCUGUGGAGUCCAGGGUGGCGACCAUCAAGCAGCGGCCCACUAGCCGGUGCUUCCCGGCUGUCUCGGACAUGAAUUCCGUGUACGAGCGCCAAGGGAUUGCGGUGAUGACCCCCACUGUUCCUGGGAGCCCAAAAGGCCCGUUUCUGGGCAUCCCUCGAGACAGCAGAAUCUUUCUAUCAGGAAUCACAGAGGAAGAGCGCCAAUUUCUGGCCCCUCCAAUGCUGAAGUUCACCAGAAGCCUGUCCAUGCCGGACACCUCCGAGGACAUCCCUCCCCCACCGCAGUCUGUGCCCCCAUCUCCACCACCUCCUUCCCCCACGGCUUACAACUGCCCCAAGUCCCCGACUCCAAGAGUCUAUGGGACCAUCAAGCCUGCGUUCAAUCAGAAUUCGGCCGCCAAGGUGUCGCCAGCCACCAGAUCCGACACGGUGGCCACCAUGAUGAGGGAAAAGGGCAUGUACUACAGGCGAGAGCUAGACCGCUACUCCCUGGACUCCGACGACCUCUACGCGCGGACCGCCGCUCCCCAGGCCAAUUUCCGCAACAAGAGGGGCCAGAUGCCGGAGAACCCGUACUCGGAGGUGGGCAAGAUCGCGAGCAAAGCCGUCUACGUGCCGGCCAAGCCCGCCCGGCGGAAGGGGAUGCUGGUGAAGCAGUCCAACGUGGAGGACAGCCCCGAGAAGACGUGCUCCAUCCCCAUCCCCACCAUCAUCGUGAAGGAGCCCUCCACCAGCAGCAGCGGCAAGAGCAGCCAGGGCAGCAGCAUGGAGGUCGACCCUCAGGCCCCUGAGCCACCUGGCCAGCUGCGGCCUGAAGACAGCCUGACCGUCAGCAGCCCCUUUGCCGCCGCCAUUGCCGGAGCCGUCCGCGACCGGGAGAAGCGACUGGAAGCCAGGAGGAACUCGCCAGCCUUCCUCUCCACAGACCUAGGCGAUGAGGAUGUCGGUCUAGGGCCGCCCGCCCCCAGGAUGCGGCCCUCCACGUUCGCAGAGGACGGCGGCUUUGGCGAGGAGGAUGGCGCCGAGCAGCUGCCGUCCCCCACGCCAGGGGCAGCACCCAGGGAGCCCGAGAACCACUUUGUGAGUGGUGUGGAGGCCGGUGCUCAGGGUGAGGCUGGGAGGCCACUGAAUUCCACGUCCAAAGCCAAGGGGUCCGAGGGCAGCCCAGGAGCGCCCCCCAAGAGCAGCAAUGCAGCCAGCCCUGAGAAUUAUGUCCACCCACUCACAGGCAGGCUGCUGGAUCCCAGCUCGCCGCUGGCCUUGGCACUCUCCGCAAGGGACCGAGCCAUGAAGGAGUCCCAGCAGGGAUCCAAGGGGGAGGCCCCCAAGGCCGACCUCAACAAACCUCUUUAUAUUGAUACCAAAAUGCGGCCCAGCGUGGAAGCAGGCUUCCCUCCCGUCACCAGGCAGAAUACCCGGGGGCCCCUGAGGCGGCAGGAGACAGAGAAUAAGUACGAGACUGACCUGGGCAAGGACCGGAAAGGCGACGACAAGAAGAACAUGCUCAUCAACAUCAUGGACACGUCCCAGCAGAAGUCGGCGGGCCUGCUGAUGGUACACACCGUGGACGCCGCCAAGUCGGAUGACUCCCUGGAGGAGGAGGAUGAGAAAGCGGACGUGGAGAUGACGCUGGACAACUCGCCGACCGAGGUGCCGGAAGGUGUCUCCGAAACCGAAGGUGCUUUACAGAUCUCCGCUGCCCCCGAGCCCGCCACCACGCCCGUCAGAACCAUCGUGGCGGCGGGCUCCAUGGAGGAGGCGGUGAUUUUGCCAUUCCGCAUCCCUCCUCCCCCUCUGGCAUCCGUAGAUCUGGAUGAGGAUUUUAUUUUUACAGAGCCAUUGCCUCCUCCCCUGGAAUUUGCAAAUAGUUUUGAUAUCCCCGAUGACCGCGCUGCGUCCGUCCCUGCUCUCUCAGACUUGGUCAAGCAGAAAAAAAAUGACACCCCCCAGCCCCCUGCGUUGAACUCCAGCCAGCCAACUCACUCUGCAGAUAGCAAGAAGCCAGCGGGUCUUUCGAACUGUCUGCCUGCCUCCUUUCUGCCACCCCCCGAAAGCUUGGACGCUGUCGCCGACUCUGGGAUCGAGGAGGUGGACAGUCGGAGCAGCAGUGACCACCAUCUCGAGACGACCAGCACUAUCUCCACAGUGUCCAGCAUCUCCACCCUGUCUUCCGAAGGUGCGGAGACCAUGGACACCUGCACAGUCUAUGCAGAUGGGCAAGCAUUUAUGGUUGACAAACCCCCAGUACCUCCUAAGCCAAAAAUGAAGCCCAUAAUACACAAAAGCAAUGCACUUUAUCAAGAUGCGCUCGUGGAAGAGGACGUAGAUAGCUUUGUCAUCCCCCCACCCGCACCCCCGCCCCCGCCGGGCAGUGCCCAGCCUGGGAUGGCGAAAGUCAUCCAGCCAAGGACCUCCAAGUUGUGGGGUGACAUCACAGAGGUCAAAAGCCCAAUUCUCUCAGGCCCCAAGGCAAAUGUUAUUAGUGAAUUGAACUCAAUCCUGCAGCAAAUGAACCGAGAGAAAUCGGCCAAGCCGGGGGAAGGACUGGAUUCGCCAACAGGAGCCAAGUCUGCCAGCCUCAUUCCAAGAAGCCCGGAGGUCAUGAGCAGCGUCUCAGGUACACGGAGCACGACAGUCACCUUCACUGUUCGUCCCGGCACCUCCCAGCCCAUCACCCUGCAGAGCCGGCCCCCCGACUAUGAAAGUAGGACCUCGGGAACAAGACGUGCCCCCAGCCCUGUGGUCUCGCCCACAGAGAUGAACAAAGAGAUCCUGCCCGCCCCUCUGCCCGCUGCCGCCGCAUCUCCUUCUCCCACUCUCUCAGAUGUCUUUAGCCUUCCAAGCCAGCCCCCUUCUGGGGACCUGUUUGGCUUGAACCCAGCGGGACGCAGCAGGUCACCAUCCCCCUCGAUACUGCAACAGCCAAUCUCAAAUAAGCCUUUUACAACUAAACCUGUCCACCUGUGGACUAAACCAGACGUGGCAGAUUGGCUGGAAAGUCUAAACUUGGGUGAACACAAAGAGACCUUCAUGGACAAUGAGAUCGACGGCAGCCACUUACCAAACCUCCAGAAGGAAGACCUGAUCGAUCUUGGGGUGACUCGAGUCGGGCACAGAAUGAACAUAGAAAGGGCUUUGAAACAGCUGCUAGACAGAUAAGGAUGGCUGCUCUCCCUCCAUAGACUUCUUGUUAUAAUAGAGAUGGGCUGAUACGGACAUGAGUGGAUGGCCAAGCCACGCCUGUGAGCGCCAACCCCAUUCCAUGGGUUUGUCUCCUGGUACCCAAAGAAACGCUGAGUAUGUCCUCGAUGUGGCUGAGCAAAGGCCUUGAAGCCCCCCCCCCAGCUCUCUCCAUGGGUUUGUUGGGUAGUUUCUGUCAAACGGGACAAGGGGAGAGUUUUUCUAACAUGGAAAGAGAUCCCCAGCCUGUCUCCCCGCAUGCAGGUGACCUCACUCCGCUGGGUCUGAGAGGCUCCCCGUCCAUUUCAAACGGGAUCCUUGCUCUUGUAGGCAGACACCAGUAUACUCCAGAUACCUCCUGAGGCCUCCCUCUUCUGCUUUCCGGGCAGCUCUCGCCACCCCAGGCCCAGCCGGAGGCCCUUCCUCAGUCCUGUGGCCUCCCAGAGGACACCUGAUGCUCACCGCUCCUCUCUCCUGUCCUUUGCUUGCAGUGAGAUGCUCCCGGGCGUGUCAGUCCUGUGCCCCUUCUCGGGCCUGAAAGGUAGAGAAAUUUUUUUUUCCUAUACAGAGUCCCUACCCCGGCUCCUCUUGUGAUGUGCAUCCGUGGCCCUUUGGCCACGAGGUUCCUGGCAGCGGUGGGAGUUUGCAUAGGAUCGUGCUCGGCUUUGCUUAGCUUUCUUUCUUUAUUUCUGCAAAUCUAUUAGCAUAAUUCCAAGGUGGCCAAACAGAUGUCACAUGGAGUUAGUCAAAGCACAAAGUCACGAUUCCAAGGAGGAGGGGAGACCUGGCCAAGGGAAGCAGCCAAGCGUGCAGCUGCCUGUAUCCAGGGUCUCAAGGACAAGAGCGUUGUCUGCCAGGAGUACCUAUCCGGGGUGGAGAGAAAGGGGUUCUCUGCCUCUCAGAAUUCCUUUUCACUGAAGGUGUGCUGAGCUCUGCAACGGGCAGAGCAGGUGAGCAUCCACUAUGACGUGAAGGACAAGAUGCAUGGUUCACGGUGGCCGUGUGCUGCCACCGAGUGAGACGGUGUCUUCACAGGAGCUGGGCGGGGCACGGCGACCUCAUUCGGAGCCCAGCCUGGGGUGAGCGUCUCUAAAGAGACAGCCCUUUUGCUCCUGGAGGCCAGGGAAGAUGGUACUUGGGGGCUUUUCCCCUUUCUCUAGGGAGUCCAGGAAUCCCACCAGCUUGUCUUAACAGUGCAACAGGUUCUUAGAGGACCCAGUGGUGUGGAGUGUAGACAGAACGCAGGGUUGAGAACAGAGGGUGGGCUGGGGAUAAGGGUGACAGAUCAGUGAAGAAAGGAAGGCAAGGAGGUCUCCGAGGCUGCUGGUCUUGUCUCACCGGCAAGGCUUUGAGCCCUGCCCCUUUCUGGUUCCUGGAGUCCCUCCUCCCCUGUGACAAUACCUCUGAUUUCCAAGGGAGGUCACCAAUCUCACAUGGGCCGCAAAACACCCAGUCAGGCUUCCAGUACACUCUCCCGCAUUUGGAAGGGUACGCAAAUGUCAGGCUUUUUGGUUUUAUUAUGAUUUCAGAACUAGCCCAGCCCAUCUCUAAUUAUAAAACAUCUUUUUUUUUUUUUUUUUUCGUUUUCUUUAUGCUCACGACCAAGUGUCUGAUUAGGUCUGGAACAGCUCUAGAAUGAACACGUAACAUUUAGCAAUUUAAAAUCUCUUUCUUUACUGCAAGUUUAAAUAGUUGUACAGAUAGUUUAUAAGCACAAUAUUUUAAGAAAAAAACAAAAGUGGCUGGUCUACUGGGCAGCCUUUGUGCCACUUCCGUGCUAGAAAGUUAAAGAAAAAAAAAAAAACUUUUGUGAUUUAAUAAUACUAUUUCUGUGGAAUAAUUAUAAAAGUAUGACCUUUUUAAAAUCAACCUUACUUGGAUGCAUCUGAACCAGCAGAGCUGUGUUAUAUUUUCUAUCUUUGCUAGAAUUUCGUCAUUGAAGGGUAAUUAUUUCUUCAAAAGUGGUUACAAUUCACAAUGCAGCAGUUUCUCCAAAAACAAAAGCCACACACGCACGCACGCACGCACGCACGCACGCACACACAGAGGCAUGCAUUUCCAGCCACACACCUCUGAUUUGGAAACGGAGUCUUAGGACCUCAUUCUAUUGCACGCCUCUUGCAGGUCAGUCUUUAGAACCCAGUCUGAGGAGAAAGCAAUUGGAUAUGAAGGCGCUUUAUUCCCGUGUCCUUUCGGUUUUUUCCAUCGUGAGGUGAACUUACUCUGGAGACAUUUUUCAAGCCAAGAUACUGUAGGUGGCCUGCUGAGGGUGACCAAUACUUCUUCCCCCCCCCAAAAAAAAAGGUGAUUCAGCCAUUAAUCUGUCUUCCAUCAGGUGACAUUGAGAGGCUCAGUGAGUAUUCCACUUGGCCAUGGCUCUCUUCUCCUUUGCCUGUGGUUGGUAUCGCCUCUGUGUUCAAUGCCAGGCAAAUGCCAUGGACAGGAGAUGGUGGACGGGACCAGUGGCAACUUAGUGGCUUUGGGUUUACUGAACUGUGGCAGCCAGUCAGUGAGAGCCGCCUGUUACUCCCUUUCAAGCCACAUGCCACUAACCAGAGGCCAGCUUCCUGAAAGACUCCAGAGCUGAGGACGUAGUUUAUUUCGACACUGUCUUACUGCACAAACAGGACCUAGCAGAACCUGCACUGACCACCCCAGUAAACCCCUGUUGCCAAGAUGAAUCGGUCUCUAACUCGAUUUGAUCAUUUUGCUACAGAAAGCAAUAGUUCCUCCCGCGAAUAGUCACCCACUGUUCUCCCCCUUUGGGACAUUGUCAGGACCAGGCCCUAUUCCAUGACCCUCUUUAAUGGUGAAACAAAUGUUAAACUGCUCAUAAAAAAACCAUGUUAAUAUUAUUCCAGGUUUUAAGAUCAACUUUUGUUAUAUACUGUAAUUUAAAUAAACUGCAUUUACAUGCCCAGUUUCUGUAAUAUUGUGUAUACAAAACCAAAACCUUUCAAGGUGUAAAUUAUGUAAACCUGCCAAGAUACCUUCCCCAGGGUGUCUGUGCACAUUUUAAGUUAAUUCUUAUAAAAAGGACUCAAUGUGACUGUUGAUUUGCUGAACUUUACAUAUCACAAAGUGAAUUAUUUGUGGUACUUUAGUUAAUAAAAUGGUGACUUUUUUUUUUUCUUCUGAGUUAUUAAA